UGGCAGCUGUAGUACAACUGUAAAGUCAGUAGUGAAUAUGGUUAGCUGUCGUCAUAACCUCGACAGUUUUGAGUAGAAACGUAUGUACGAGUGGUGGUGGGUCUGUUGAACAAUUUUCUCCACCGACGCGAUUAUAGUCUCCGGCUAUCGAUCACAAUCAUCUCUGUCGCCAGAACGGAGGCUGUUAGCGGCGGUGCAAGGUGAAUCUGCUCUUUCCAAUAUUCACCUCCAAACAGAUGGCUUCUAGCAGGUUUAUGGCGUACUCGCCUUCACCCUCCGCCCCUCACUCUCCUCACAUCGGCGCUCUCCGCUCCGCUUCCUCUGCCCUCGUCGAGCAAGAGAAGUAUCUUGCGGAGUUGCUUGCUGAACGUAGCAAACUCAGUCCUUUUAUGCCUGUGCUUCCUAAUUGCUUUCGGUUGCUAAACCAGGAAAUACUUCGUGUAACUACACUCUUGGGGAAUGCAUCUGUUUUAGAUCAAAGUGGGCUUGAACAUGGUAGCCCCUUGGCUUCAGGAGGACUGUUUUCAAAUGGAGGUGCUAACAAGGACAGAUGGUCAUCACCAUUUCAAUCCGAAAUGUCAGGUUUGGUGCAGUCUUCUUCUGCACAAAGCUGGCUUGGUAGUCAAAGUAGCUCAUCGGGACUUAUAGUUAAGCAGACCAUCAGAAUUGAUAUACCUGUGGAGCAAUAUCCCAAUUACAAUUUUGUUGGACGUCUCCUUGGUCCCAGAGGAAACUCCCUUAAGCGAGUGGAAGUAAGUACUGACUGCCGCGUUUUGAUAAGAGGGCGUGGAAGCAUCAAGGACCCUACAAAGGAAGAGGUGAUGAGAGGUAAACCUGGGUAUGAACACUUGAAUGAACCCUUGCAUGUAGUUGUGGAGGCUGAACUGCCAGUGGAGAUAAUUGAUGCUCGGUUAAUGCAAGCACGUGAGAUACUUGAAGAUCUACUCAAGCCUGUGGAUGAAUCUCAAGAUUUUUAUAAAAAGCACCAGCUACGGGAAUUGGCAAUGCUGAAUGGUACACUGAGAGAAGAAGGUUCUCAAAUGUCUGGUUCUGUUUCCCCCUUCAACAACAGCCUUGGGAUGAAGAGGGCCAAGACAAGGGGGUAAUCAGUUUUCUUAGUGGGCUUCCAUUUGAGCUACUACUGAGCCGAAUCUCGGAUGCAACUAGUAGUUGCUGUCCAGGCUACACAUCCAAUGCCGUCGGGGCACUGGCACUGUUACAUGCCGGUUUGCAUGUGAUAUGCGGUGUGUUUAUGUUUGCUUGGGGAUCGAUUUAGCAAGAAGAACAUAGUAUGACAGUGUGUUGCAGGGUUGGUUGAUGUGCUCUAGAUAGUUUGUUUAGGCUAGUGUCUUUCCAAUGCAUCUGUUAAGUAUGCAACUAGUUUUGAUGAUGGGAUUCCUAUUAGUAGUAAGGUUAUUAUGCAUUGUAUAUGGAUUCUGAAAACAAUCCACCAAACACUGGUUGUGGGUUUUGAGUGUUAUGUACUGCUAUGAAUAGAAAUGUCAUUUUCUGACACAUUCUUUA